CUCACACGGCAGGGGAUGAUGAUAAAGGGCUACCCCGAGGAUGUAUUGCUCCCCGGGGAAUACCAUGCUUCAAAGAGUAAAGGCAUUGCCAAUCUCACUCUGAAGGAGGCCAGUGAGGUCAUCGCGGCAUUGAAGGCGGGCACCAUGUGCUUGAAGAAGGUUUCGCAGGACGAGCAAGGUACAUCUUCAACUUAUUUCAUUGCUGCGUUCCGACAUCUAACUGAGAUUCUCACUUCUGAGCGCCCAGUAGUGGAGGGCGCACGUCCCCCAGCGGAUUCUGUCCAUACAGCAGGACGUCGCCUUUUCGCCAAUGGACAUUCUGAUCGCAAGGGACUUGCUCGCGAGAAGCCUAGUAAGGCCGCCACCAAGAGGAAAGGGAAG